ACACACUAGCGUGUCCUGCGUGUGUGUGUGUGUGUGUGUGUGUGUGUGUGUGUGUGUGUGUGUGUGUGUGUGUGUGUGUGUAUAUAAAUAAAAGCAGUUUACUGAUCAUAGAGGAGAGAACUCUUAAUUAAAUGAUCGAUAAAAUCAGGCAGGAUCAGUGCAGCAGUGUGAGAUGGAGGACUGGGAUUUAUUAAAGGUUCUGCUCUUUUUCACAUGUUCUGUUCAUCUUUCAGGAGCAGAUACACAUUCUCUGGAGUUCCAGUACAUCAUGCUCACCCCCCAAUAUACUGGUUUCCCAGAGUUCACUGCUGUGGGUCUGCUGGAUGGAAAGCAGUUUAUGUCCUACAGUAGCAGUGCGAGGAGGCUGAUCCCAAAGGACUGGAUAAAGAAUAGUAAUGAUAAAAAGUACUGGAAGACUGAAUCAGAGAACAUGCAGGGAUAUCAUGAUGACUUUAACAACAUGUUUACAAAAAUAAAGAAUCAGUUUGAUCUCAGUAGAGGUCACACACUACAGAGGAUGUACGGCUGUGAAAGUGAUGAUGACGUCAUCACUAGACGAUACGAUCACUAUGGUUUUGAUGGAGAAGAUUUUAUCAGUCUGAAUGUAGAAAAUGGAACCUGGACUGCAGUUAAACCUCAAGCUGAGAUUCUCAAACACAACUGGAAGUCUAAUGGUUACAUUACAUACUGGAAGAACUUCCUGAAGCAUAAGUGUGUUGAUUGGUUAAAAACGUUUGUGACUGUGGAAAAAAAAGUUCGUCCUAAAACGUCACUUUUCCAAAAAGAAGCUUCUUCUCCAGAGGUGGUGUGUCAUGCUACAGGUUUCUUCCCCAAAUCAAUGACGAUCUCCUGGAAGAAGGACGGAGAGGACGUGCAUAAGGACAUGGAUCUCAGAGAGACGUUACCCAACCAGGAUGGAAGCUUCCAGAAGAGGAGCAGUCUGAAAGUCUCAGCUGAGGAGCUGCAGAAACACAUCUACACCUGUGUGAUUGAGCACAGCAGCUUGGAGAAGGGUUUAGUGCUGCCUGUGAGCGAGAGACGAAUCCUGAGAGAUGGAGGACAGAUUGGGAUCAUCGUUGGUGUAGUCGUGACUCUCCUUGUUCUCGUUGCUGUUGUUGUUGCUGGAAUUUUGAUCUGGAAGAAGAAGAACUCUGAAUUCAAAUCCGUUCCACCCAGAGACUCCUCUGAAGAAGAUUCUUUCCUCAAUACCUCCUAAAGUGUGAGAGUGUGUGAUCCUGCUGCAGUGAGAGAGAGAGAGAAGAUGGAGAUGAAAGAGUUAAAUUGACAUUAUAGCAACAUGAACAUCAGGAACACAUCAGGACAAACUGCACUGGUCACUCUGGAUGAGGGCAUCUGGAAAAUGCCAGUUCAUUACCUCAGAGUGAUGGAACUCUAAUGAAAUGAAGUCUCAUUCAAUCAACUAUGGUUUGGAAGCAGCAAUGAGACAUCAGUCAUCAUUCCUGACUAAAGGGAACAUGACUGGAAUUAUCUUCCAGAGAGACAUCUGUCUAGACGAUCAUAUCUCUUCAUUAUUUGAGUGACACCAAUAAUAUGAGACCUUUAUAUAUAUUUAGUCCAAGACUUUGUUUACAUUCCUGCUUGAGUUCCAGUUUAGUUGAGUUCCCGGUUAUUGUCCUCACACUGUGCAUAUAAUGUGAUGUAAAAUGGUAUUUAUAAUAUAUAAUAUAAUAUAAUAUAAUAUAAUAUAAUAUAAUAUAAUAUAAUAUAAUAUAAUAUUAUAUAAUAGGAUGCUCAGUUUAUAAUCCAGUGUAAUUUAAUAUAAAAAUAUAAAGAGGUUGUUUUUUGGUUCUAAGAAAAUAUCAUAUGUAAUGGCUUUGAGAAUAUAAUAAUGAUUAUAGUAUUUUUUUUAAUACACUAUAAGAUAUUGAAAAUGAUAUUUAUCCAAUAGAGGGAAUUCAAUCAUUUUUUAAUGAAAUUCAUUAUUUAUUUGAUGAGCUGCUGGUUACAAAUGGAAACUC